UUUCCUGUAGACAUUUUACUAAAAAUCUCGAUUCAGUUCUGUUUCAACAUGGAUAUGCCUAAAGCAAAUGUCUUUGACCUGCUGGAUAUUGAUAAAAACCCAAUCAAAAUCUCUUUCAGUGACUUGAACAGGGUUUUAUAUCGACCAUUUAUCAAACAUAUAACCCAAAAAAUUGUUGAUAGUUUUAGUUGCAUAGAUGAUCGUAAGCUGCUACUGUCUGGAGAAUACUGCUGUGACACUUACUUUGUCGAGUGUCUAUUGUACAAUAACAAUGCCAUGUGCUUGAAAUAUGCAGCUCAACUGUACAAGAACGAUAUGGUUGGCCCGUAUGGCGCAGUCUCGUCAGCCAUGAGAUUUCAUCAAGAUCAAAUUCCUUUUUCCAUUGAUGGCGCAACUGCUAUAGACGAAAAGAUCAAUGUUAUUAAAGAGGAGAGCACUAUAGAUCAAGAUUUCGAUUUUCUAAUCGGGAUAGAUUUCGGCUCAACCUUUACUGGGUGUUCUUAUGUGAAUCUCAAAAACGGUGGAGAGACGGUUAAAACUAUCAAAUCCAAUAAUUGGCCCGGAGGAGGUGGAUUAAAUUUAUUGGACAAGACCCAGACAUUAUUAAUGGUGAACAGUAAAACUAAUCAUGUAUCUUGGGGAGGAGCUGUUAAUCAUGAGAUGGGUUACGAUUCAUAUACCGAAGUUUUUGACAAUUUAAAAGAAAACUUGAAUCAUCCUGAAUUAAUGACAGAAGGUGAAAUGAAUCCUACCGCAUAUUAUCUAAUGUACUUAAACGACCAUAUAAUGGAGUAUAUAAUUGGAAAUGAAAUACCGCACACACAGCAACAACAAGACUACAAAUUUAAAUAUAUUAUGACUGUACCAGUGAAAUGGAAUGAUAAUUGCCGGACAAAUCUGGUCGAAGCAGCUAUCACGGCGCUAAUGAUUAAAGAGGACGAGACUGAUCGUCUGACUCUCAUAGACGAGCCAGAUGCAGCCAUGGUUUUUUCCAGAAAUAUGCUCCAUAACCGCUUUGGAAAUUACGGAAAUGAAGGAAAAAAGUUUGUUUUAUGUGAUGCAGGUGGGCUAAAUGUCAAUGCGUUUACUUAUCACUGGCAAAAUCAAGAAGAGGGAUCCCAAUUUCUUCAAAUUUUAGAGUCUAAUAGUGACACAUGUGGUUCGAAAAGCUUAAACAUCAAAUUUAGAGAUUAUCUCUGGGAAUUCUAUCAAGAUUGUGGGGUCUACAUUGGAGAGAUUGAAAUGGCCCUAAAUGAAACUGUGGAUUAUUUUGAAAAAGAAUACAAGCCCAAUAUUAUGCCUUAUGCAAAUGAUAAUGAUUAUCACGAUUUCGAUUUAACAGACAAAAACAGUGUGUCAGUUAAAGAGGGAGCUACAAAGUACAAACUUGUAAACAAUAACAGAACACUUCGCAUCAGUAAUGGUGAAAUUAAAACUAAAAUAGUUGACCCUAUUGUCGAUCGGGUUCUCAGCAUUUUGAAGAAACAAUAUGUGCUCACCGACGAUGCUGGAAUGAGAAUUGACGCAAUUAUCAUGGUCGGUGGCUUCUCUCGGUCUACCUAUUUACAAAGGCGGAUCAAAGAUGAAUAUCGAGGCGUUUGCAAUGUCAUUUUUCCUGAUGAUGCAAUCAAUGUCUUCUCUGUGGGAGCUGUAAAAUAUGCUAUGAAUCCAUACGAUAUACCCACAAAAUACAAAGGACCAUCCAUUUCUUUAGAAAUUCAGUGUCCCUUAAAUCAACAUAAUUCAUAUCAAUCGAGUAGCUUAAAGGUGAAGGGGUCAGAUGGCAGAUAUUAUUUGAGGAAUCGCUUACAAUAUUUCGUCAGAAAGGGUCAGAAACUAAGCGGGAGAGGCCCAUACUAUUUCUCUCAGGUCAUCCGCAUCCCAUAUCCUACAAGUGCUGUUAUUGGUAAUAUUUGUGAUGUUUUUUUCUUUCUCUAACAGUAGACACAUAAUAAGGCUAAUUAAUUGUUUUACAGCCAUUUUUUCUUCUGAUGAUGGUGAAGACGCAAAAAAGAAUUACGUGACGGAGUGUCACACAAAGGUGUUGGAAACCAAGUUGAUUAUCCCACCGCUAAUGUGUGGAAUAAAAAUUGGGGACAUGAUAGAAUACAAGGUUAAGAUUGCAGUCUUUGAUGAAGAUGCUGCAGUUAAAAUUCUAUACCCGAACCAGUUUACCGAUGAUAGGGAUGCUGAAUAUCAACACAUUUCAUU